CGCGGGGCUGCGGCCAUGGCCCGGGAGAACGGGGACGGCGGCGGCUCCUGGAAGAAGCAGGCGGAGGACAUCAAGAAGAUCUUCGAGUUCAAGGAGACACUGGGGACGGGUGCAUUCUCCGAGGUUGUUUUGGCUGAAGAGAGAGCGAGUGGGAAACUCUUCGCAGUCAAAUGUAUUCCCAAGAAGGCACUGAAAGGAAAGGAAAGCAGCAUAGAGAAUGAAAUUGCAGUGCUGAGAAAGAUCAAGCAUGAAAAUAUAGUUGCUCUGGAAGACAUCUAUGAGAGCCCAAACCAUUUAUAUUUGGUCAUGCAGUUAGUGUCUGGGGGAGAGCUCUUUGACCGCAUUGUGGAGAAGGGAUUCUACACGGAGAAGGACGCCAGCACCCUGAUCCGGCAGGUCCUGGACGCUGUGUACUACCUGCACCGCAUGGGCAUCGUGCACAGGGACCUCAAGCCUGAGAACCUGCUUUACUACAGCCAGGAUGAAGAGUCAAAAAUCAUGAUCAGUGACUUUGGAUUGUCAAAGAUGGAGGGUAAAGGAGAUGUGAUGUCCACAGCCUGUGGAACUCCUGGCUAUGUUGCUCCUGAAGUGCUGGCCCAGAAGCCCUACAGCAAAGCCGUGGACUGCUGGUCCAUCGGGGUCAUCGCCUACAUCCUACUCUGUGGAUAUCCCCCUUUCUAUGAUGAAAACGACUCCAAACUCUUUGAGCAGAUCCUUAAGGCAGAGUAUGAGUUUGACUCUCCAUACUGGGAUGACAUCUCUGAGUCUGCUAAAGACUUCAUUCGGAAUUUGAUGGAGAAGGACCCUAAUAAAAGAUACACCUGUGAGCAAGCAGCACGGCACCCUUGGAUCGCUGGAGAUACAGCACUCAACAAAAACAUCCACGAGUCGGUCAGCGCUCAGAUCCGGAAGAACUUCGCGAAAAGCAAAUGGAGACAAGCGUUCAAUGCCACGGCAGUGGUGCGGCACAUGAGGCGGCUACACCUCGGCAGCAGCCUGGACAGUGCCAGUGCCAGCGUGUCCAGCACCCUCAGCCUCCCCACGCCGCUCCCCGACGCAGCCACGCGGAAAGAUUGUAUGUCUCCAUCCACUCUCUGUAGUUUUGUUUCAUCUGCUUCUUCAGGCGUUUCUGCGGUAGGAGGGGACCGGAGACCCAGAGCCACCACAGUGACCACAGUGCACACAGGGAGCAAGUGAGCGCCGGGGCGGCGAGGAGCGGGCAGGCAGCAGGGCUGGCUGGGGGCUCGGUGCCCUCCCGCCCUGCUCGGCCAAGGACUAGAAGAAAGAAGAUUUUUUAUGGCCAUAUUUUAUACUGCAAUUCUGAAAUGUUUCAUUUAUCACAAACUGCAAUGACUCCAGGAGGAAUGGAAUCUAACAGUCUCUGGUGCUGUACAUAUAUAUAUACAUAUAUAUAUAUAUAUAUAAAUAUAUAUAUGUAUGUGAGUCUAGCAAUGUUCUAACUAAUGAACACUCAUUCUUUCCCCCAGUGAUUUACUCUUUUCUCAGUGUAGGUAACAGUAUAUGUUGUAUUUUUUUCCAUUAACUACAAACAUCUCAACUGGAUUAUUUAAAUAGAAAUACUUUUCUGAGCAUUUUUUUCCUUUUAAAAAUUACUUCAAGUAAUGUCCCUCUUCCAGUUUGCUGGGGGAUAGGCUAUUUCUGUAGAUAGGAAUUGGCAUUAACUUUGCUACAUGGGAGGAUUUCAAUGGCAUGCCGUUUCUUGCUCCUCAAAUUGGACUGCAAGUCUGACUUUAGCAGAGCUGUUACUGCUCAGAUUAAAAAACUGCUGCUUUUCCCCCCAUCCUCCUCCUUGAAAACCAUGGGGAGAAUUAAGUUGUCAGCUCAUCCUUGGCCUCAUUCCUGUCGUGCUGGGAAUCAGCACCCUUGUUUCAGAGGAGAGGCAGGUACACUGAGUCAGGCAGGAUCUGACCAGAGCUGUGCAAGGGAAAUGACAGAGCACAAUCUAAUCCUGCAGCUCCCAUCUCCUUCAAGUUGCUGUGUGUUGUGAGCAGACGCAAAGAAAAGGAAGAUAGAGGGGUAGCAAUCAUCCUCCUCUGCCACUGAUUUGCUGUGCUGCCCUCAAGCAAGACAUUUAAUUCACGAGCCUCUGGCAUGGGGUUCAUCCAGCUCAAGGGCUUCAUGAGAGAGAUUCUGAGCACCCACAACUCCUUGGGGCUUUGCCUGGCAUUGCUGACGCUCAGCAUCUCCCAGAGUAGCCCAAAGUGGGGAGAGGUCAGGAGUGGUGCUUGAAGCCCUCUGUAAAGCACUGGCAGGAUCUUGGGUGGGAAGUGCAGGAUCUGGUGUAGUGUAGCUCCAUGAUGAUCAGGCUGAGGGUUGACAAGGAGUGCUGAGCUGGGAAAGCAGGACCUCGCUGAAAGGCAAAGGCACAGCUGGUGGCAGUGGUGGCAC